AUGACUGUUGCGAGGGUGGGAGGAGCAGCGUCAACGGGAGGGAGGGUGGGAGCAGCAGCAGCAUCAACUGGGGUGAAGGUGGGAGCAGCAGCAGCGUCAACGGGAGGGAGGGUGGGAGCAGCAGCAACAUCAACUGGGGUGAGGGUGGGAGGAGCAGCAGCGGCAUCGACUGGAGGGAGGGUGGGAGCAGCAGCGGCAUCGACUGGAGGGAGGGUGGGAGGAGCAGCGGCAUCGACUGGAGGGAGGGUGGGAGCAGCAGCGGCAUCCACUGGAGGGAGGGUGGGAGCAGCAGCGGCAUCGACUGGAGGGAGGGUGGGAGGAGCAGCGGCAUCCACUGGAGGGAGGGUGGGAGGAGCAGCGGCAUCAACUGGAGGGAGGGUGGGAGGAGCAGCGGCAUCGACUGGAGGGAGGGUGGGAGGAGCAGCGGCAUCGACUGGAGGGAGGGUGGGAGCAGCAGCCGCAUCGACUGGAGGGAGGGUGGGAGCAGCAGCGGCAUCGACUGGAGGGAGGGUGGGAGGAGCAGCGGCAUCGACUGGAGGGAGGGUGGGAGGAGCAGCGGCAUCGACCGGAGGGAGGGGGGGAGGAGCAGCGGCAUCAACUGGAGGGAGGGUGGGAGGAGCAGCGGCAUCGACUGGAGGGAGGGUGGGAGCAGCAGCAGCAUCUACUGGAGUUUUCAGGCCCAGGGUGCUCUCCCUUCUUGCCUUGUCUCGCUGCUCCUCUGCACUCACCAUGCCAUGCCCCGUAGUGGUGAAGUGCCGGAGUGUCAUCACCGAGUUCUUCUGGCUGAACGACGCUCUUCGCAUCCAGAUGUAUCCUUCGAGUGAAGAGGCGAUGGCAGGGUUAUCUACUUAUCUGUCCCCUGAUACCAUGCCCCACUUGCAACUGCUGUGGAAACAACAAUGCCCAACAACAAAGGGGGCAUUCUAUACAGCAUGCAGCAAUACCCGGUGUGCAAUUGGCAAAAUACUCCGUCGAUUGGUUCUAACUGCAUUGGGGCGGGAGAAAAACAAGGGGAAGGUGAUGUCCCUCCCGGCGGAUUUGGAUCGUCCGGCGGUGUAUCGGAACGAUGCCGAACUGGUCCGGGACAACAUGACUGGUGAGCUCCUAAUCCUUGCUCUCUCCCCCCCUCCUCUAUCACAUGCUCUCUCCCCCCCUCCUCUGUCACAUGCUCUCUCCCCCCCUCCUUUGUCACAUGCUCUCUCCCCCCCUCCUCUGUCACAUGCUCUCUCCCCCCCUCCUCUGUCACAUGCUCUCUCCCCCCCUCCUGUAUCCCAUGCUCUCUCCCCCCCUCCUCUGUCACAUGCUCUCUCCCCCCCUCCUCUGUCACAUGCUCUCUCCCCCCCUCCUCUGUCACAUGCUCUCUCCCCCCCUCCUCUGUCACAUGCUCUCUCCCCUCCUCUGUGA